GGCUCUAUCACUCUAUCCUCUUCCCCCCUCUGCCGGCCGCCCCCCCUAUCCCCUCUGAGCCGAGUCCGAUCUGCUGCUCUGCUCCUCCUGAAAACAGCCCAAACAAGAUUGCUCAGUAGCCAUAUAACUGGAAACAAGGCACUCAUGUUGCUGCCAGAGGGUUACUGAACACAUCACUUUCUUUGUCUUUGGAUAUGUCUUAACAGGCUCAUCACUGAAAGAGGACUUCAAGUACAUGGCCUUUAAGACUCUGCAAGCUCCAGCCAGUUUAGCAAGGCCAGGCAGUUGCAGCUUCAGUCCCUCCAACUCCAAGUCUUAUUGUUAUCAGCCAAAACCUCACUCAAGAACGCAAGCAAGAAUCACCACCAAGAAUCGCCUUCAGAGUUCACCAGUCCUGAAAUGCAGUCGCGUCGACGAGGUUGUCCAGUCCCAUCAGGAUCAUCAGACUACUGAGAUCCCCAUACUCCUGCACCAAUCGGUCGUUUUCCCCGGCCAGACGCUGCAGCUGCAGACGGUUGAGUUCAGAUACCGCAUCAUGAUGCAGACACUACUACUCCAGGAAGGCCAAAGCUUUGGUAUCAUCUACUCCAGCAGGAAAGACAGUAGGAUGGCCGAUGUUGGAUGCAUGGUCAAUAUCGUUCAGUGCGAUAAGCUUGUCGAUGACCGCUUCCUCCUGACAUGCGUCGGCGGUGACCGGUUCCGUGUCCUGGAGGUCGUCAGAACAAAGCCCUAUGUCAUCGCAAGAGUCCAGGUACUGAAAGACAGAGACUCGCCUGAUUCAAGUAACCUGGGGUGCCUGAUGCAGCAGGUGGAAGGGCACCUGAAGGAUGUGACAAUGCUUUCAGACAAGCUCAGCUGGAAACUAAUGGGAGACAAGGCUAGGCAGCUCAGCAGGAUGCAUUCUCCGGAGUCUUUCUCCUUGGUCGUUGCUCGGUUGUUUGUCAAAGAUCGUUCAGAGCAGCAAUGGUUGCUCGGGUUAGAUGACACAGCACAGCGAUUGGUGAGAGAAGGAAUGUAUCUUCAACAGAGGAGCAAGUACCUGGCAGCCGUAGCAGCGAUUAGGGACGCCUUUGGGCAACUGUCCUGCAAUGAGAAGCAGUAGCAGACCUGGUGCGUUGGAGCUGCCAUUCUGGUAAUAGGAGUAUGUUCUUGCUGCAUUGUAGUUUGAUACUUUGCUUCUAUCGUAAUGUGUAUAUAUUGUAUAUCCUUGAAUGUUCGUCUUUGUGGUGAAACUUCACUAAUUUCUGGAUGAACUCUGUUACUCAGUCA